GUAUAUUUAUCCCAAUCUUAUCAGUGUGUUUGUGAUCGCCGGUGUGACAACACGUCCCCUCCUUGUUGCAGGCCUUGUUCAGCUGAACAACCAUGUGGCUGGAGGUCCUGGCAGCGCUGGUGGUGGUGGUAAUGAGUGUGAAGUUCUGGUGCAGGUACACGUCGGGCCACUGCACCAGCACCAAGUCCAUGGCGGGCAAGACGGUCAUUAUCACCGGCGCCACGGCAGGAAUUGGAAAGGAGACUGCUCGUGACCUGCUCCGACGCGGUGCCCGAGUUAUCAUCGCCUGCAGGAACCUGGAGAAAGGAUGCAAAGUUGCAGGUGAGCUGCAGUCUGAAGGUAACGGCCGCGGCCAGGUGGUGGUGCGUCACCUGGACACCUCCGAUCUUUCGUCCGUUAGGAAGUUUGCCAAGGAGGUGCUGGAGACCGAGAAGGCAAUCCACGUACUGAUCAACAACGCAGGUAUUUAUGGCAUGGGGAAGAGACAGGUGACGGCUGACGGUCUCGAGCUGACCAUGGCGACCAACCACUUCGGCCACUUCCUGUUGACCAACCUGCUGCUGGGACGUCUGAAGGAGUCUGGGCGGAGUCGCAUCAUUAACGUGUCCUCUAUGGGAUAUAUGUUAGCUCCCAAAUUUGACUUAAGUGAUCUGGCGAUAAACAAGAACUACAGCCCAGGCAGUGCGUACACCACCAGUAAACUCUGCAACCUGCUCUUCACUCGAGAACUGGCGGACAAGUUGGCUGGCACAGACGUGACGGUCAACAGCCUUCACCCUGGGUUCGUGCGGACUGAAAUCUUCGAUUCAAUGAACUUCUCUCUCGGAACUUUCCUGACUAACAUUCUGUUGCCUGUAGCCUCCAAGGACGCUGUGUCCGGCGCACAGACCAACAUCCACCUGGCAGUGUCGGAGGAGGUAGAGGGCGUGACCGGCAAAUACUUCUCAGACUGCAAGGAAACUCCCACACGUGGCAGGAAGGUACGCAAGGACUUAGCCACCGGGCUGUGGGAGGCCAGUGUGAAGGCUGUCGGGCUAAAGAAAGAUGAGAUCCACUACUGACCUCUUGGUAGCAGUCAGUCACCAUGCUCUGGUCGUAUUGGUUACCGAUCCCUUCUCGGCAACUGAGCCACCAGCCUUGACUUUCCCUUAUCAUUUGGUAAAUUGUGUCACUCUUUCCCUGUUUUCUUUUUUUCUUUGUUGUUAUCUUAUUUCAGCGAACAAGAGUUCUGUCUGGCGUGUUCCGUCAAUAUUCUUAAUAUCACCACUACCAACCCUCCUAUCUUCGGAAACCCGAACGGUAUUCAUGUGACUUGAAUUGUUUCAUAUGUCAGGAAACAAACUGGCCAACUUUCUGAUAACCUUUUUUUCUAUCUAGUCUUUUGGAAGCUGUUA